AUGCCGAGAUUUGAGGCCCAGAAGUCUCCCAUGGCUCCUUAUCACAUCCGACAGUACCAGGACAGUGACUAUAAAAGUGUCGUGGAUGUGUUCACCAAGGGCGCAGAAGAGUACAUCCCCGCCACCUUUCGCCAUGUCCUGCUGCUGCCCCGAACCCUCCUACUCUUAAUUGGGGUGCCCCUUACCCUGGUCCUGGUGUCUGACUCCUGGCUCCUGGCUGUUGUAGGCAUCUUCUUUCUGCUUCUACUCCUACGGUUCCUUGCUGGACAGCCCUGGAAGGAGUAUGUGGCCAAGUGUUUGCAGACAGACAUGGCUGACAUCACAAAGUCUUACCUGAAUGCACGUGGCGCCUGCUUCUGGGUGGCUGAGUCUAGGGGGCAGGUGGUGGGCAUAGUGGGUGCCCUGCCAGUCAAGGAUCCUCCAUUAGGGAGGACUCAGGGGCAGUUCCUCCACCUGUCUGUGUCCUCACAGCAUCGAGGACAGGGGAUAGCGAAGGCACUGGUCAGAACUGUCCUCCAGUUUGCAUGGGACCAGGGCUACAGUGAUGUUGUCCUUGAGACUAGCGCCUUGCAGCAAGGUGCUGUGACCCUCUACCUGGGCAUGGGCUUCCAGAAGACAGGCCAAUACUUCAGGAGUAUGUUCUGGAGGUUAGUGGAUAUUUGCUUUAUUCAACUAAAUUACUCCUUCCCUUCUGCCUAG